CGAGAAGAAGGAAGAAAGAAGAAGAGUAAAGAAACGGCGCCGUGUUAAGUCUCUGUUUUGGUUCUUCACGCCGUGUAAACACCAAGGUUUUGAGAAAGAGUGAAAGAUGGUGAUGGAAUCAUCAAAAUGGUGGUGGGUUGGAAAUCACAACACCACUAAUUUCUCUCCAUGGCUUCAUUCAACACUCUCUGAGUUGGAUGAAAAGACAGAGGAUAUGUUGAGAGUGAUUGAUGAGGAUGCGGAUACUUUUGCUGCACGAGCUGAGAUGUAUUAUAAGAGAAGGCCUGAGCUUGUUGCUAUGGUCCAAGAUUUCUACCGUUCUCAUCGCUCCUUGGCGGAGAGGUACGACUUGUUGAGACCCUCUUCUGUUCACAAACAUGGCUCAGAGAAUCAUCAUGAGAAGUCUUCAUCAACUUGUGAUGAUGAGUCUUCUUGGUUUGAGGCUUGUGAGACUCGUGACGAGUAUGCAGAGUCUGAAGUGGAUGACGGUGGUGAAAACAAAUGUGUUGAAUAUAGUGAAGCUCAUGAGAUGAUGAAGGAAGAGAUAGAGAGGCUGAGAGAGGAGAAUACAGUUUACAGUGAAAUGGUUAGAGAGAAAGAUGAAGAGAAGAGAGAAGCUAUUAGGCAAAUGAGUUUAGCAAUACAAAUGCUCAAAGAAGAAAACUCAGAGCUCAAGAGAUGUGUUUCUUCUGUUGUUGCAAAGAAUAAUAAGGAAAGUGAUGUUUCUCAGAGGAAGCAACAGAUGUGGAAGCCACUCGAGUUUAAGAAGCUUGAAAGGUUUUUGGGGAGAGUAGUUGGCGAUUGGGUCUUCCCAAAGACAGAUUCUGCUUCCCCAGAGAGCUCAUGACUCUUUAAGAAAACAGAGAGGUUUGUGUGAUCAAGAAAGAGGAACUGAGCAACAUUCUCAGAGUGUCUUUGUAUACUGUGACGUGUAGGGUAUACUCAAGUAGUUAGUGUAAGGCUUCACAGGAUUAUAGUUAUAUACCUUAGUCUCUAUGCAUGUUUAUUUUAUAUUCUG